AACGGGUUCGCAGGCGGUCGGUUCAGUCUGCUCUCCACGUUUCCAAGAUGCACAACUCAUCCAUGUGGCUGGUAUCCGCCGUUCUGCUGGCGCUCCUGCUUCCGGAGGCGCUGCUGCCCACCGCCGAUGCGGCCAGCGAGCCCGUGUGCUCGUACCGCAACUCGGAGGACGAGACCAUCUUCUUGAAGUAUCUGCCGCUCCUGAAGCGGGGACAGGAUUACGUGGACUUCGGCAAGGAGGGCAAGUGCCUCAAGCGGGCCAUCUGCACGGAUACCUUCAAGACCAUCGUGGAGGACUGCGCCCAGCAAAAGAUCACGUGUGCCAACAAGGAUCGCUUCACAGGCGUUUUUCCCGCCUGCUGCCUCAAGUGUCCUUAAAUCGAAUAAAAUACUCCUGAAUGGAUAUUCCACAAAUAAAGUGCAAGAAAUACAUAUAUGCGAAAUUAA